AUGGAUGCACACAAGCGCAGGUGGGAUAAAACAGCGGGCGACGUUGGCGGUGCUAUGUACUGCCACGUGGCAGCCUGCUGUCGACCCGACAUCCGCUGGAAGGACACGGUGCUGCAUAGGGCAGUUGAGAUGCCAAGCUGGCAGGCCAAGCACGUGGUGAUGGCGAUGGAGUGUUUGAUGUACGCAUUCGUCUGUAACCUCUUUGAUCCGGCACCGGCGCACACUCCCGUGCUCAGCGAGCUGGUUGGCAUAAGAUGGCAGAGGGGAGAUUUCCUGCAUCGAGAAAUAAGCGUGCGAUCAAAGACAACUGUCCUCUCAGUGCACCGCUGA